GCUCAGUAGCAACCAACAUGGCUUCCAUUUCUUGUGUGACUUUUGAAAAUUCUAUAAAACUUUUGACAUAAGCAAAUUAUCAUGGUAUAAGAUGUGGUUAUGCAACACAGAGCUUUUGGCGACUUAUAAGCAUGUAUAAAACUGAUUAUCAGGGUGGACCCUUUGUCGAGAUUUUUUCUGCACAAGGCAAAGACCCCUUGCAUGGCUGGAAACAUAGUGGAGGGAUUAGAAGAGAGUAUGAGAAAGAUGUCAAAGGUUAUCUGUACUGUCUGGAGGGUUCUACCACCACCACAAAGAUACAGCUUCCUAAAGCCAAUCUUAUACAGAGAUACCUAGUCUUUCAGAUGUUUGUUCCAAGAGGAAAAGAAUUUUCUUUUGAAAUUGGGGUCAUAGAUCAAAGGAAAAACAAGAGAAGACUUAUGUUUUCCUCAGCACAGAAGGACAUACAGGCAAAUGAACUCCACGCUCGCAUACCUCUCACCAUAGUCAGGAGACACAUGUGGGUUAAUUUGUGUGUGGACCUGGUGUCAGUUGUGGGGGACACAUGGAGGGGUCAGACGUACCGCUGUGUGGAGUCUGUCUGUGUGUCAGCCAACUGUAAACUGCGCCGGAUAUUUACGUUAAAAACCCAGCCACCCGACACUGCGGAGGAUGAAGAGAUGUACGGAUGUGAACCUUGUAACACAGGAGAACUGGAAAUCAUUCCUAAACAGUGUCAGUUCGCUACCGAUGUACAGUUUGUUACUCAGGUUUUAAACAUGGCCAAAAUCAAGCAUGCUGAGAGGUUGAAAGGAGGGGAUAAUUCUGUCAGGUCAUCCACAGAGAUAGACCUGAAUGCCAGUGGAAGACGGACUUCUCUCAAUGACUCAGCGUACCACAUUGCCUUUGGAACUAAAGUUCCUGGGGCUCCCACGGCCAGCAAAAACAAGGGAAAUCUUACAAACAGAAGUAAUCGGAGUGCAGUAUCCAGAGCUGAGGAUGCUGUUUAUGAAGAGCCAACAUUCCGAGAUCUUUCUGACAGUAUCUUCCGAGAUGGUGCGGGGUUUGAUCCAGGUGGGGGUGGAGACAGGCCUCCCGAGACGGUACACCGAGCAGUAUUACACAGGCGACAGCUCUCAGAUCCAGCUACACAGCAAGACCUAGAAAUGGCCAGUCGAAUAGAUUAUGAGAAGCCUGACUUGUUGGUCAAGCCCCACCCUCCCAGGGAGCCUUCCACUGACCGACUCCGCCGACGAAUCCGGGUCAAAAACGGGUCCAGCAGCUCCAACAAAGACCGCGGGUCCAGUGCCGGGUCAUUAAAAGAUGAGGCUACAAGCUCAUCAGUCAGUGGAAGCAGUUCAGCUAAGACUUCCAGUUCACAGCGGGGGGCAGGGGAGGAGGGGCGUCGCCAGAGACUGGUGUCUGACACUGAGCUGGUCAGUAAACACAGGGGGGAGAAAGUCAGAUCCCCGGGGAAGGGCAGCGAGGAGGACACCCCAGUGUCAGGGUCAGAGUCAGGAAUAUCCUUGUCUCAGUCCUACAGAAAAGAGUAUAAUCGUGGUGACUAUGAGGGAGAUGGGGCGGUGAUGGAUGACUCCUUAAUGGGUGUGAUCAACAUCUUAAACCCUGGCCCCGGGGAUGUGGAGGAGGAUGAGAGGGAAGAUCUCGGAGAGUACGAGGAGAGUGAAGAGGAGCAGGAGUCAGAUAGUGGGAUGUUUCUCUUUGUAUCAAAACCCAAGUCAGCCCCCCGACGCCAUGUCUCUCCUAGUCAGCUGGACACGGAAGAGGAAGUACAGGUAAAGAGCCCAACCUGCUCCAAAGGGAAACAACAGAGAGGGCCAAAGCUGGAGAAUGACUUUGUUCACAGUAGUGAUUCCAGCUUUGAGGACGAGGAGACCCAGAGACGUAAAAAAGUUCCUGGAUCUCGCCCCACCAGCGGCUCCUCUAGCCGACCCCACAGUGGUUCCACCACCAGUAGACCACAAAGUGGUGCCUCAAGCAGACCCACCAGCGGUACCACCAGUCGCCCUCACAGUGGCACAACAAGCAGACCGCAUAGUGGGUCCAACCGUCCACUCAAUGUCCCAAGACCCACAAGUGCAAAGUCACAAAGCAUUUCUAGUGUUAAAAAUAGUGCUGCAAAUCAUGUUAGUCCCAAGAACUGUAAAAAUGUUCCCAAGCCCCAAAGAAAGGAUAAAAUAGACCUUUUGACCAAUCACAUGCCAAAAACUGCGGAAAGUCCUGAGCUUCAGAUGAGCUCGCAGCUCCCCACUCACCGCUCGGACAUAACCAAUGGGAGCCUGUCUAGCAGGAGUGUUUCCAGGAUGAGUCGUAAAUCUGUGAAAGAGAUUCCUAAGGAUGAUGCUCGUCUGUCUGUGAUAAAGUCUUCUGAGAAGCCCUAUGAUUUUACCAAAUACAGUGCAAUAAACUAUAAAAUGGAGGACAUUACAGAUUCUUUUGACACACUGGCAUGUUCUCCAGUAUGAAAAGACAAACAGAGGAAGAU